ACUCCGAUUUCGGGCAACCACCUAAGGGUGCUACUAGUUCGGACCCGGGAACUUCUUUAUAUAAGUCUACCUUCACCCGUAUAAUUCGGUAGAUAUACCAGAAACCCAUGAAACUCAUUAAUAAGUGUUGAGGUAACUUCUUUCGGGAAAAACAUUGUCGCAUAAUUCUUACCACGCUAAACUCGAAGUGUGACAGUUGAAUCCGCAUAUACCUCUCAAACGAUGGCUGAAAAGAAAGACCAUUGGUCGUCGGAUGCGUACCAGACCGCGGCUUCGUUUGUUCCUAAGCUGGCCACCAAAAUCGUGCAAUGGCUUGAUCCACAGAAAGACGACGUAAUCCUAGAUAUCGGCUGCGGUGAUGGUGUGGUCAACAUACAAAUGCAAGAAGUCUUAGCCCAGGGCAGCGGCAGUAUCCACGGCACAGACUCCUCACCAGCCAUGGUCGACGCAGCAAAAGCAGCAGCAGCUAAAGCCGGCGCUUCAAAGUGCACAUUCGAAGUCGUCGACGCUCUCGAACUCUCAAAAGCAAAACACCUCCAAGACGCCCACUUCACCAAGCUCUUCUCCAACGCAGCCCUACACUGGGUCCUCGGGUCCCGCAAAACAGACCCCACGCAGCAAACCGCCUUCUUCAAAGCCGCCCGCGACGCCCUAGCACCCGGCGGCGUAUUCGCCUUUGAGAUGGGCGGGCUGGGUAACGUAUCUGAAAUGCGAGCCGCUCUUCUAGGUGCUGUGACUCGACGGGUGGGACUGGAUAAAGCGUUGGAGUAUGAUCCUUGGUUCUUUCCUGAUGAGGAGUGGGCUAAGGAUAUUCUGGAGAAUAAGGUAGGUGGGUGGAAAGUUGAGCGCGCGGAGCGUGAGUGGAGGCCUACGAAGGCGGAUGUAGGUGGUGUAGAGGGUUGGGUUAGGUUGUUUGGUGCGCAGUUCUUUGAGGCAUUGCCGCAGGGGACGGAGAGGGAGGGGUGUAUUAAGGAGGUUGUAGAUGUGUUGGAGGCUGUGUGUAAGAAUCCGAGUGGUGGGUUUCAUCUUGGGUAUGUGAGGUUGAGGGUUUUGGCUAGGAAGUUAUGAGUGGGCAGGUUUAUGGUUAGGAGAUGAAUAACUUCAUUCUCUGUUUAGAUACAGCUGAAAGUAAAUACAAGUCGAAAAGGGAACGACUUCAAUCUCUAGAGAUGCUGGAAAUCGAUAACUUUGUGAUUUAAAAUAGUAACAGGAUAAGUUUUUGCCCCAGCUCAUUUUUUACACAA